CACACAACCGUCGAUUUUAGCAGCGUCAACGGUAUAGAUGUAACUCAUUCUUUUCACGCGGAUCGAUACUUUUAGCCGUCGAUAAAAUGUAAUCGUACAACUCACACUAGCCUCCGCCAAACGUUUCAAAACCCAAAAUCCCACUCCUUUGCUCUUAUAAAUUUUCCAUAAUUCCAUCCGCCUUCCAUUCACAACAAUUUUCUCGUUCUUCGAUUUUAUUAGUUGUUGUUCGAGAAAAUCAGAAGCUUUCGAAGAAAAUGUCAGGAAGAGGAAAGGGAGGUAAGGGGCUUGGAAAAGGAGGAGCCAAGAGGCACAGGAAGGUUUUAAGGGAUAACAUCCAAGGUAUCACCAAGCCCGCGAUCCGCCGUCUCGCUCGUAGAGGAGGAGUCAAGAGGAUCAGCGGCCUGAUCUAUGAAGAAACCAGAGGAGUGUUGAAGAUUUUCUUGGAGAAUGUGAUUCGUGAUGCCGUGACUUACACGGAGCACGCAAGAAGGAAGACUGUGACUGCCAUGGACGUUGUUUAUGCUUUGAAAAGGCAGGGCAGGACUCUUUAUGGUUUUGGAGGUUAGGUUUAGUACUCUUAUCAUGGAUCUUGGCUAUAGAUCUUUGCUUUUAUGUAAUCGUUUCAGUACCUUGAUGUUAUUGUAAUCUGUAAUCUUGAACAUGAUCAAUGGAUUUCGUUCAGCAAAGCUUUUGUGUUUCAUUCCGUAUUUUUUUUUAUUUACUUUUUUUUCCAGGGACU